CACUUCCUCAAUCAAUAACAAAAUAACAAUUAACAAAAUUGAAGAAUCAAAACAAUCCGAUCGAUCACUCUCCGCAACAAUGGAAUUUCUGAAAAAUCCCCUAAUUAUCACCGCCCUAAUUGCAAUUCUAGCGGCGGCGGCGGUAAUUAGGGUUUCGAGGAAGGGGAAAAAGAAGGAUACGAGAAAAUACCAUCCGAUCGCCGGCACGAUCUUCCAUCUGCUCCUGAAUUACCGUCGGCUGUACGAUUACCUCACCGAACUCACCCGCAUAAACAGCACGUUCCGGAUUCUGUACCUCGACAACACAGAGAUCUACACCUCCGAUCCCGCCAACGUCGAGUACUUCCUCAAAACCAACUUCGCCAACUUCGGCAAGGGUUCGUACCACCAUGACGUCCUGGAAGGUCUUCUCGGCGACGGAAUCUUCACCGUAGACGGCGAAAAGUGGAGGCAGCAACGAAAGCUAUCCAGCUACGAAUUCUCUACAAGGAACCUCAAGGAAUUCAGCACCGGCGUCUUCAAGAGCAACGCCGCCAAGCUCGCCGGAAUAAUCUCCGCUGCCGCCGCCGCAAAUCAAAUAAUCGAAAUUCAAGACCUGUUCACAAAAGCUGCAUUAGAUUCAGUAUUCAACGUCAUGCUCGGCGUCGACUUAAACAGCACGGCGGGGACGGACAACGGGACGCAGUUCUGCAAGGCGUUCGACGAAGCCAGCGACAUGACGUGCUAUCGCUACGUCGACAUAUCGUGGCCAAUCAAGAAGUUCCUAAACAUCGGAUCAGAGGCAAAGUUGAAGAAAUGCAAGAAAGUGGUCGACGAAUUCGUUUACCAGGUCAUCAGCAGGAAGAUCGAGCAGAUGAAUGGCUGCGAUCAAUCCGCGACUAAAUUGGACAUUCUCUCGAGGUUCCUGGAAAAAAACGAGGCCGAUCCGAAGUACCUAAAAGAUAUAAUACUAAGUUUUAUCAUAGCAGGGAAGGAUACAACAGGCAGCACACUUUCCUGGUUCUUCUACAUGAUGUGCAAGCACCCGAAUACGCAGGAAAAGAUCUUCAAAGAAAUCCGGGGCGCUGCGAAAAUCGGGGAAACUUCGAGAAUCGAGGAGAUCGUCGCGAGGGUUACGGAAGAAGCCCUCGACAAAAUGCAGCUUCUCCAGGCUGCCCUGAGCGAAACGCUCCGGCUGUAUCCAGCUGUUCCUGCAGAUGGGAAGAUGUGUUUUUCAGACGACACAUUCCCGGAUGGAUUCAGCGUCAAGAAAGGGAAUUUGGUGGCGUACGUACCGUACUCCAUGGGGAGGAUGAAAUCGCUGUGGGGUGAGGAUGCAGAGGAGUUUCGCCCUGAGAGAUGGCUGGAUGAGAAUGGGAUCUUCCGGAACGAAAGCCCGUUCAAAUUCGCCGCCUUUCAGGCCGGGCCGAGGAUCUGUCUGGGGAAAGAGUUUGCUUACCGGCAGAUGAAGGUUUUCGUGGCGGUGUUGCUGUGUGCCUUCUCGUUUAGGUUAGCGGAUGAGCAGAAACCGGUGAAUUAUCGAAUGCUUCUGACUUUGCAGAUCGAUGGAGGCCUCCAUCUUCGUGCUGUAUCAAGAAAAAAAGCAUUGGAAUAGAGUAUGAAAAGCUUCCCUACUUUUAUUAUCAUGUAAUAGUUUGCUUGCAUAUUACUAUGAAAUAAUAUGAUUUUUAGGUGUACUAAUGACAUGUGAGAUAUUCAUUUUCCCUUUA